AUGAGCAUCGACGAAAUGCAAAUCGACUCCGAAGUCGCCGCAGGCUCCAAGCCUCGCCUUCCCGUCACUGUCACCAAGCCCAUUCCCUACACCUUCGACCUGGGCAACCUUCUCUGCAACGACUCCAACCCUCUGCCCGCCGUCAGCCAAAUCUCAGAGGCCGACAUCAAGGAUGCUGCUCGCGACUGCGCCCAGGCCCUCAUCAACCAACUCCUCUCCACAUGCCCCAUCACAAAAUCCGACGACAGCACCAGCGUCACCCUCGGCCUACCCACCCCCACCACCCAUCUGCCUCGCGAGAAGCGCGUCCCCGAGGAAAAGCCCAUGACCAAGUGGCAGGAGUUUGCCAAGAAGAAGGGCAUCAAGGACAAGAAGCGCGACGGCAAGCUCGUCUACGACCAAGCCUCUGGCGAAUGGCUGCCCAAGUACGGCUACAAGGGCAAGAACAAGGACGGCGAGAACGACUGGCUGGUCGAGGUCGACGAGAAGAAGACGAGAAAGGAUGGCGGCGAACACGAUGCCAGAAAGGAGAGGAGAGAGGAGAGAGUCGAGCGUGUCAAGCGCAACGAGAGGAGGAUGCGCGCAAACGAGCGCAGAAACCAGCCCGACAAGUCAUGA